CCAAAAUCUAGGUGUGAGUAACAACCCCCCAACAGAAUGAGCAUAAGACUAACUACUUCUCAGUUUGGCGCCAUUCUCCAUUGCGGUGAGUUUUGAAAGAAGAGAAAGAUAAUGUACACGAGCAACGAUUCACAGAACAUAGAUUUCGAAGACGACGGCGAUUCACGGUGGUGUUGCUCUCAAGGCCACCGUUCUUCUCUGAAUCUACAAACACACCAAGGCGGCACUAUCUGCCUCGUGUGUUUCUCCAAUCUCAUCUCCAACCCUCUCUCUCCAACUAUCCAUGUCUCCUACGCUCUCUCUCAACUCUCUCGUUCACUCUCCAUACCUAAUUUCCUUCAUUCCAUCAUCACUUUUCAUCCUCACUUCCUCGUUUCUCCUCUCGUCGCCGCUCUUUCCGCUUUCGACGAUGAACCUAUUGCCGAACAACUCAUUCAUCUCAUCCUUAACCUUUGUGCUUCAUCUGAUCCUUCUGUUUGCCGUGAAUUCGUCGGUAGGGUUUUAGAUCGUAUUUCUUCUGGUGCUUUAGGUUGGAGUCCCCGUCAGUUGCAUACGCUUCACUGCCUAGGGGUUCUUCUGAAUUGUGAGAAGGAGGAUGAUCUCCAUGUACACAUCAAAGACAUAUAUAGCCUCAUUUCUGUUCUUGUUACAGGUCUUCAAUUGCCAAGUGAGGAAAUUCGUGGAGAAGUCCUUUUUGUGCUUUACAAACUAUCAGUUCUUCAGAGUACAUCGGAAGANNGUGAUGGAAGUGAUAUGUUGAUUCCCUUUUGUCCAAAGCUUUUGUAUCUGUUGGGAGAUGUUCUCUUGAAGACUCAAAAUGAUGAUGUUCGCUUGAAUUGUAUCGCACUUUUGACUAUGCUGGCUCGAAGGCAGUUGCUCAGGCAAGAAUGUGCAUAUGAUAUUGGUAACAUGUCUUUAUCUGGUGAAGUUAAUUCUAAAGAAACUGAAGAUGGAGCCAAGGGAGCAUCCCUGGUUAAUCUGUUUGCAGAAGCAAUCAAAGGCCCAUUACUUUCAUCAGACAGUAAAGUCCAAAACAGCACUCUAGAUUUUCUCUUUCAUUAUCUGUCUUCAGUCGGGACUUCUGGCAAUCAAAUUCAAGUCUUGGUGGAAGAAAAUAUUGCAGAUUAUUUAUUUGAAAUAUUAAGAUUAUCAGAGAAUAAGGAUCCGGCAGUCAAGAUGUGCCUUCAGGUACUCGAUCUUUUAUCGAAUUCAGAGGAAGCCUUUAAACCAAGGCUCGUUGUUGGGUUUUCAACUCUGGUUCCAGUUCUGCGUUACGUGACUGAAGUUCCUUUUCAUCCAGUUCAAUACGAGACACUGAAGCUUAUGUAUGAUUGUAUUUCUGAGUGCCCUGGAGCUGUAUCAACUUCUCAUCUGGAGGAACUUGUCCUUGUAUUGAUAAGAAUGCUUAGAAAAUAUUCUGAUGGGGAGAUAGGUAUGAUUCCUGAGACGUUUAUAAUGGCUUGCUCAGUAUUUGUGACUCUUAUGAGAUCUCCAUCCUGUAAUGGAACUUUAGAUCUGUCAAAAUCAAUUGAGGAAGCAGUCAAACAUGCCAUUUCAGCCUGUCUUUAUGUCUCUGAAAGGAAUGACAACCAAAUUUUACAAUGCUUGUACCUACUUAAAGAGGCAUAUGCCUACAGUCAUGAUGGGAAUUCCACUCACACUAGCAAACUAGAACUUAGAAGCGGCAUUCUAGAUAUAUGCAGAACACAUUUACUGCCUUGGCUUGCAACAGGCAUCAAUGAAAUGGAAGAAGAAAUUAUCCUGGGCUUGCUGGAAAUUUUUCAUUCGAUACUGCUUCUGCACUGUAGUAUUAAUUAUAAGGAAUUUGCAGAGACCUUGAUGUCAUUCUGCUGGUUCAGUUUUUCAUAUGGAUGUCUGGGAUUAUUUGCAGGAGAUAGGAUGAAACAUAGAAUUUAUUUGUUACUCAGUUCAGUCAUGGAUUCUCUAUUGGGAAAUGAUACUGGACAGCCUAUUAGAGAUGCUGCUUUGCACCUGCCUUCUGACCCUGUUGAUUUACUCUUUCUGCUGGGGCAAAGGAGUACUAACAGUUUAGAUUUUUCUUCUUGUCAAUCCGCUGCCUUGCUAAUUAUGUACACAAGUUCACUAUAUGAAGAAAGACUUGCAGAUGAUAAGUUGGUUUUAGCUUCUCUUGAACAGUAUAUUCUUCUUAACAGCAGUGAUUUUCAUAUUUGGACAACUGAUAAUUUGACAGUAACUCGACUGGUGAAUCUGUACAGUUUUUUGAGGGGUCUUGGCAAUAUGAGCUACCAAAUUCACCAUAGUCGAGAAGCUGAGGAGAUUAUAUUCCAGCUCAUAAACAAUGGUGAAUGGGAUUUACUUUCUGCAAGAAUUCACACAGUAUCAUUGAAGUGGUUGUUUCAACAAGAGAAUAUAAUCAAAUCACUGUGUGAUCAGAUUUUGAAAUUCUGUAGAAACUAUAACUUACAAGGGGAUGACAUGAUUAUUGGAAACAGCAACCACACUGUAAAUGUACAGACACUUGCAGAGUUGGUAUCCACUGAAGAUAAUUAUGGAGCUAGACUUUUCGUAUGCUUAUUGGCACAGCUUGCUGAGGAAGAUGGCCAGGAACAUGACAUGAUUUCUGUUCUGAAUCUAAUGGCAACUAUGAUUCAUAUAUGUCCAGCUGCUUCUGACCAACUGUCUUUGCAUGGAAUAGGGACAACGAUCAGGACUUGUUGCUUCUCGAAAACAACUUUCAUGUCCAUCUUGAUUUUAGUUUUUAGCACUUUGAGUUCAGUUCAUCCUAAAAUACUAUCAACUGAUCAGAGUUGGGUGGCAGUAACCAUGAAGAUGAUGGAGUACUCUAUUCCACCAGAAAAGGCUGAUAUCUUAAGUCAAGAAAGUCUCUUCGUGAUUGGCAUUCUUUCCUUGAUUUUACAUCUUUCCACCAAUAAAGCACUUGAAGAGACAUCAAAGCCCAUUCUUUUUAAUACUUGUAUAAUCUCUGUUGUCAAUACUAUAGUCUAUGCAGCUUCUUCAAAAGGACCUGCUUUGGUUGACCAUGACGAGGAAACAAGCUCCGGAGAAACUUUAGUAUUCAUUCUUUUGCUUCAUUACUUCGCUGUUAAAAGCUUGCAUGCUAUCCUUCCAGGGUUUGUGGAUUGGCAAAACUUCCUUGUUUCAACGAAUUCAUCAGAACCACAAGCCUUCAUAGGCAUCCGUUGUCAUGACUUGUGCAGACUACUGCAUUUUGGUUCUCCUGUGGUCAAGAUUAUUGCUUCUUAUAGCCUGUUAGAAUUGUUCAACAGAAUAUCAGAUCAAAUAAAAAGUAAACAUGAAGAGUUGAAAUGUACAGUUGGGUAUUUGAUGUCCAUAAGGAGUAUACUGGAAGGGCUUGUAUUCUAUAAUGACCCGAGAGUGGCUACAAAUUGUGCGUUCUGCUUGUCAGUUAUUGUGCAGUGGGAAAAUCUGGCAAAGGAAACGGAAAUGUUGGGAAAGAGCAGUUGGUUUAGAUUGAUUAUAGAGGAGAUGACGGUAUCUUUAGCAGCUCCUGCUUUAGCAUCACAAUCAUUCAUGAACAGUCAAACGCCUGCAGUCCUUAUAGCUAUUGCGUUGCUGAAACUGCAUAAAAUCCCCCAGUGGAUGAGAUCCGUGUUUAAUAAUUCAUGCAUAUCUGGCAUACUGGAGAACCUUGCUGCUACUAAUUUAAGCCCAGAAAUUUUGGUUUUGUUUCGACAACUGCUGAAAUCUGACUUCUUAAGUACUGAGCAAAUUGCAGCUAUAAAUCAUAUGCUGCAGGAAUGCAGAAAACAUAUGUACACUAACAAUGCUCAAGACGGUCUCCCAAGUGAACCGAUAAAGAAGGUCCUCGCCACACCAUAUGAUCUUGGAGAUGUUUGCCGGUAUCUCCUAGACUUGAUGUCAUCAGAGACAUAUGUAGAUAUGGAUUCCUGGGGAUGUCAAACGGGCAGUAAGAGGCUCUUGGAAGAAAUAGAGUUGUUUUUCAGCACCUUGACUGUAGAUGAUGAUAGCUGUAGAUAACUUUAGUGUUGAUGAAACUCUAAUCCAUUGGAUGCAUGGAUCUGACCACUGACCACUGAUAGAAAUGGUGAGCAUGCCUGGGAAUCACAGUAAACUGAAAAAAUAAUUUCUGACUGUGAAGAGGGAGUGUUCAUUAAAGCAUGCAAAUGUAUGGUUUCUGCUACUCAAAGGUAGAUGUAUAAAUACUUGCAGUCAUUGUAGUCUGAAUAAUAUGCAAUUUAGAUGAGUUAAUCAAUUUUAGUCUGUAUAAAUACUUUUUUUUAUGAAAUUGAUUACGCACUUG